ACCGCCCCUGUGCGUCACGCGCGUGCGCCGCGGCCUGCGGAGGUCUUGGGGCCGUUCGGUGACAGCGGGAGCCCGGCCAGGAGAUGCCGGAGGGUCAGGGCAGCGCGGAGCCGGCGGCAGAGAACGAGUCAGACGUGUUCGAAAUUGUUCUCCCCAUCACUGUCAUUGUGCUGAGCGAUGAUUACUUCAUGCAUGAUGCUGAGGAGCAAGAGGCAUCGGUUCCCACUUUGAUAGAGGAGGAGAAGGAGGCUGGCUCCAACAGCAGCGGCUUCCCAAAAAAUGAUGUGACACUUGCGGAUGGCAAUAACAGUUCAAGUGUUUGGGACGAAAACAAGACUGCUUCAAAUAAGGAUAGUAGUAGGAAAUGCUUUGAAGAAAAAUGGGUUGCUGAGAGCGCGUGUGACAAAUUGCAGUCACUGUUAAAUGAUGGGUGUGAUGCAGGCACGGAUAAAUACAGUCAAAAUGACGUGUUGCCUGCAUUAUCUUGCGAAACAGAACUUGCAGAGGUAAACAGAACCAGUGAUGGAAAAGAAUGUGAUGGUGGGUUUCAGAAGAUUCCUCCUCUCCUUUCCUCAGUUGGCAAUGAGGGUAGAGGUGAGAACAUCGAGCCAGGUGGGCAGUUGGCAUCAGCAGCGGUAUCCAGACUUGAAGAGGAAUUUGUCAGUGUCGCAAGCGUUCUUCCUGAUGGCAGUCCAGAGAAACAGCCAGAAAUCCACAUGGAGGUGGAGACAGUUGUUAAAAUGGAAGAUCCCAGUUCUUCAAGCAUUAGAGAAGAUGAAUGUAGUAACAGGAAAACGAAGAGAAGCAAGUUUGAAGAUAAAACUCUCAAUUCUUUUUUGGAACAUGGCUUGAAAGAAGAACCGAAAUCUACCUAUAACUGUGUUACUCCCCUUCUUAAUGGAUGUUCUCCAGAAGAGAACUGUACUUCAGAAGGAUUGCUAACAGAUGUAGAGAAACUGGAGACGAACGCUUCAACUUCUGCUCAAUCAAAUGCCUCUGGAGAGCAUAUUUAUGCGUUACUAACGCCAUUUCCUAAAAGAAGAUAUCGGCAACGAAAAGAUGUUUCCCCUCAUGCAAGCCCAAAAGAAUUGCCAAGGCAAGAAGAAGAUUUAGCCUGGCUAAGUAACAGUAUGACCAUCAAACCUGUUUCUGAAGCAUCUUUUUCUGCACAUAAGGAUGAAAGAUUCAAUCUGAAGUGCAGGUUUUGUAGUUCUGUAUAUAAAUGCAGUGCACACUUAAAGAAACAUGUUUAUUCGGCUCAUAAAUGUAAGAAAAUACAUAAGUGCUGCUUUUGCAAAAGAACCUUUUUCUUUCCUGUCAACCUGAAGAAUCACCUUAAAUUUCAUAAGAAAAUGUAUAGAUUGCAAAAGGCAAGAAAAAAUAGAAUGAAUGCGAGAAAAGUUAGGCAGACAAGAGCUGAAGAAAGAAAAUCCCAGAAAAAAGAAAGUAAAUAUGAGGAUUUUUUCAUCAAAAUUGAAAGGGACUUUACGCCUCUGGGGGUGCCGGUUAGUUUUUCUUGCAGAAUUUGUUUCUUUGCUUCAUCAAAUCCUAGGAUUUUUAUUCGCCAUGUGAAGAGACAUAAAGAGAGGCCGCCUUACCUGUGUCCUCAGUGUGAUUACCCCUGCGUUAGCUUAACCUAUCUGUUAAAACACAUGUACUGGCAUGCUGGUUAUAAGCUGUACCAGUGCAGGUUUUGCACCUUUUUAUCGCUGUAUUUUGCCAGCAUGGUGAGGCACAGCUACAUGCACACGGGCACCAGGCCGUAUUCCUGCCAGUUCUGCCCGGCGGCAUUCACAAGCACCACAGCGUUGGAGAGACACAGGAGGUUACACGCAGGCAAAGAAGGGAGCCAAGGGAUGCAGCAUGGCUUUGUAUCUGGAAGAAAAAGAACUCAAAGACCUUUAAAGAAUUACAAAUGUGGUGAGUGUGAUGUGGUGUUUUACUCUAGGGAGCAUCUCAGCUUCCAUAAGAAGCUUCAUGCGCAGGUCGAGGCCACUGCAAACGGGUACACGGAUCAGAGCGACAAGUGUCAUAAAAACAGAAUAGGCAGUGUUGACGGUGAUCCUCAGGACCAGGUUUCUCUGUCUCUGUCUGGUAAAGAGAAUGGUUGUCUCGGGGGGGCAGUGCUGGCUGCAGAAGUAGACUUAAAAUGGGCAGGUGAUGUGCGGGACGAUAAGAAAACACACCCUGGAAAGAAAUUCCCUGAAAAUGGCCACGGAAGCAACAGCUUACCUGUUAUUGGGAGUAGAUCAGAAGUUGCUCUGGAGUCCUUCAAAAUGGACAAUAUCAUUUUCAAAGAGGAACCCAUCUUCAACUCUGGUGCCUCUUGUUCACAAGCUCAAAGUAAUCAUGUGUAUCAUAAAUUUGUGGAGAACUUAAAGGAUGCAUGGCCUUCCAGUUUGUCUACAUUCAAAACGUACAAGUGCCAACACUGCAGUUACGCUACCACUGUUCAGAGCAACUUUAAGGUACACCUAAAAAUCCAUACGUAUAAAAGACCAUUUGCGUGUAAAGAAUGCAAUCAGAAGUUUAUGACAUCAAACGAUUUGCAGAAGCACAGCCUUAUUCACAUAAAGAAUGAACACGAGAUUGGCCAUUGCCUCUGUGUGGAUGGCCACUUAGAGAAUCUCGAGUUGCACCACGAGCGGUGUGUGGGCGAGUGUCCACAAGGAGAUGUGCGUUCUUUGGAAGGUUCAAACAGCAUCCAUUCCUUACUUGGUUCCAAAGUCUGUGGAGUACAGACGUGUGUCCGGAGGGGCAAAGAAAACGGUGUGCUACCACAAAGCCAGCCGUGGUUCUAUCAGUGUGUAGAGUGCGAGUACACUACCUGCCUUCUAAGCAACCUUGAACUCCAUGUAAGAACUCACACGGGGGAGAAACCUUACAGCUGCAGCAUCUGCCAGAAGAAGUUUCGUACUUCCAGUCACCUGAAAAGACACAGAAUCACACACUUCAAUAUGGAGCAUCUCAAGUGUGGGAACUGUGACUAUUACACAGACAAAUGGCUGUCCAUGAAACGGCACCUGGCGUCCCACGUUGGGGAGGCAAGCUCGUUUGUUCGCUGUCUCCACACAGAGCAGCAUCUGCCUGUCAAAACGUACACAUGUGAAGAGUGUGGCUAUUCCACAACCUACAAUGGGAACUUGAAGGCACACAUGCGAAUUCACACAGGCGAGAAGCCUUUCAAGUGCGGUCAGUGCGCGGUCACGUUCCGCACCUCGAGCCACCUCAAGCGCCACUUGCAGACUCACCUGAGGCUGCGCUGCAGGAGGUGCAGGUUCUCCACAGUAGACAAACGUGCUUUCCAAAAGCAUGUGAAAACACACAAAAAGAAGUACAAGUGUAGGAGGUGUAAUGUGAUGCUGCCUACCAAAAAACUGCUAGAAAAGCAUAAGCGGCAACAUCAGCUUGGAAUAUAAAGCUUGGGAACUGCAGGCUGGGAGGUUUGCACGCGCUGAAUUUGCUUAUCAGGUUUUCAUUCCCCUUGCUGUCCCUAGAGGGUGGGUGGUGAUCCAAGCAUCCAGAGGGUGAGACUCGGGAUACUGCUUUGCUCCACGUUCUUCUGAGAGCUUCGGUUCCAGCACAGGCUGUGCUGCAGAAGAUCUGGAGGCGCGUUUUCCUCCCCAAGUAACUUUUUAAUGCCAUGAGGUCAGUUAUGAUUUGGCCCGUGUUUAUCAGUUUUUCUGUGCCUCUCAAGUUCUUGUAAAAAUUUAAUUUAAAAUAACUUUUAUAACUGAAGGAAUGUUAAAGGAAAGGGAGUGCAUGUUAUAUCAUGUAGUAAUAGCUCCCCUUUUAAAAACUGAUAGCGCGUUUGGAGGCUUAAUGCUACUUCCCUCCUGCUGAAAGUUGCGUUCCCAGCCCCCAGGUGCUCUUACAAGACUUGCAAGAGGGAAAAAAAGUGUCUCACAAAAUUAGAGAGAAAAGAUUCAUGUUGUCACUGGGUAGUUGGGAUACAAAAAUGUUUUCUCUAGGUGUGUAUAUAGGAAAUGUUUAUUUGGCUUGCCUGUGCUUUUGACAAUUCUUUGAACAGUCGGGCAGAAGGGCCUUAAGCAGGUAUUUUAUGAUGCUGAGAAUCCUUAAAUUAAUUUUAGGUAAAUGUCUAAUGAUAAUCUGGUAUGAAAGGGCUUGUCUUUUCUCAGGCUGACAGUUGCAGUGUUCUUUUUUUCAUAAAAGACAAUAUCCCACUUUUCAAAGAACCCCUCUGUUCAUUUAACCACUCGGUGCUUAGUUAAACUGAAGACCUUGAACUGUAACAUGUUUUUUGCUAAAGAGCUUUACUGUGCAUCUAAAAUCCCACGUGUAAGGACCACGCAUGACAAGCAGCAGUUGUUACCUGAUAUGGUGAAGACAGGUGGAUGCUUCUUCCACUUUAUAGUCAAAUCUAGACAAAUCUCUGCCUGUUUUGCAGAGCUAUUUGGUGCUAGAAACUCUGUGGACGUCGCUGGCUGUAAAAUGCGCAGUGGUGUUGGGAGCAGUGAUGUUACCCUCUCGUGUGAGGAGACACGACGGGCAAAGAGCUGGGGCUGACUUUGCCCUGAUGUUACAUUUCAGUCCAUGAAACAGCAGAGAAAAGCUGUAGCUUAAUUUAGAGAAUGUGAACAACAAACCACUGCUGCUUUUGUCCUUCUCUCAGAUGUAUGCUUUACGGAUAAUAGCUCACAGAAGCUUUAGAGGUAGUAGCCUCUCUUUGGAGAUAACCCCUCCCGGAUGUGGUCGUGGGCAGCCAGCUCUGGGUGGCUCUGCUCAAACGGGGGUUGUGACCAUGUGGCCUCCAGAGGUCCCACAGCUCUUCUGUGAUCCAGAAUGUGGUUUUCCAAGAGUGGAUUAAAAUUUGGUAAUAGAGGCAUGCAUUUAAGGCCAGACCAGCAAAAGUAUUUAACAUUUUUUUGUAGUUGCAGUAAAAUCAGAUGAGUAAACGGCUGUGACUGAAUCCCAGUGAGUACAGAUGAUUUUAUUCCAAGCUGGGAGGUCACUGUUUGGCAAUGAGCAAUUCAGAUCUCAGGAUGAUUGAACUAACAGCCUGAUACAGUUGUAGGAAAGGCUGGCACUAUCCCGAUAUGAAUAAAGAAAAGCAUUUCUGGGAGAUUAACACUGUGUGGAGCGACUUCUGCCUGUGGUGCCAUACAGUUCCAGUCACUUCUGUGAAGAGAAAUUCAAAAGAAUUGGUACAAAGAGGAAACAAAAAUGGUGAAGAGGUUUGUAAGUUUGCAUGUAUCAGCUGAGACACAGAAAGGUAAAUCUGAUAGAGGAAUCUGAUAAAGAAUAAUUGUUUCCAGGUCUGCUGUACAGUGAUGGAGAAGGGACCCCAGUGAAAGGGUAUGAAUUCUUUGAAGGCAACUUUUGAGAAUUUGUGAACACCGGCAAGUUUCUCUUAGUUGUGAGAGCAACAGAAGAUACUUUCUAAUGGGUUUUGAUGAGUUUGUACAAAUUAUUUUUUCAGAUGGUUACCUAUAAUAGAAAUAAAUAGUGUUUCAUGACUGGUGAGGUGCCCCUCCAUUCUUUGCGAAAUGCAGUGCACUUUGGGGAGUUGGAGGUGAUUCUCAGAGAAACCUAACUGAAGGCAUUCUCCGUUUAAAGUAAGGAUACAGGCUCUUCUUGAUAUUCCUUUUUUUGAUAGUGUAAAGUGCAAUGUUUUUUUUCUGCAGAGCUUUGACAAAAAUC